UUUGCAAUGAUUGAUAAUUGUUUGGAGGGGGAAGGGUGGUAUGGUUCAGAAAAGAUAAAGAGUUUAUCGUUUGUUGGAUUUGUCAAAGCUGUUAUCGAAAUUAAUUUAUUAUUUGAGAUUUAACAUCAGUCGAUCAUUUAUAGCAGUGACUUAACUGGAUUGUCUUGCAGUGGAGUCAAUAGUCACAUAAACGAGUAUCGUAAGUAAAUAAUUCCUUUUUCUCAAACUUAUUUCAAAAUUUUAAUUUUCUCAGAAUGAGUUUCUCCAUAAACAUUUCAUAAGAAGUUAAUAUUCAGAGUCGGGUAGGCUACAGUAACUAUAUCACAGUAAUAAUAAAUGUGAUAGUUAAUAGUUAGAUGUGACAGUAAUAGUUAAUGUAGGGUAGGCCUGUAUAAAUUAUUUAUCUUUAGAAGAAGUAGAAUGACUUCGUACAAAGUAUCACCUAUCACAUGCCCUCUGCAUUUGGCCAAGGGACCCCACUGGGAUGCCAACACUCAGACUCUCUACUGUGUCGACAUAUUCAAGGGAACCGUUCACAGCUAUAAACCAUCCACCUGUCAGUUUUCCACUGCUACAGUUGGCGAUGGCAAGAGUGAAAUGGCAGUGAUUGUACCAGUGACAGGCGAGAAAGACAAGUUCCUGGUUAGUAUGAAGAAUGAUGUGGCCACCAUCAGCUGGGACGGAGUCAGCGAUAAAACAUCCAAACCUGAGAUUGUGGCCUCGGCCGAACCAGCCGACAACCACAACAGACUCAAUAACGGAAAAGUAGAUCCUUGUGGCCGAUUAUGGGCUGGUACAACCGGUAGAAGGUUACACCCAACUGAAUUGGAAUUCGAAGAAGACGUGGGAUCACUGUACUGCUUUGAAAAAUGUGGAAAAGUUUCAAAGAAGUUGGACAAUAUCACAAUUUCGAACGGUCUGGAAUGGAGUGAGGACUGCAAGAAAUUCUUCUAUGUUGACUCCUACAGAUACAAUGUGAUGGCCUACGAUUAUGACAAUGCUACUGGAAAUAUAUGUAAUGGGAAGGAGAUCUUCAAGACAAAAGAGAACUGUGUACCUGGACUUUUGGAUGCAAUGACCAUCGAUACCGCGGGCCGCUUGUACAUCGCCAACUAUGUUGGAGCCCAAGUGGUUGUAAUCGACAGCCACACGGGCAAACUGGUGCAGAAGAUCCCGAUCCCCGCCGAGGAGGUGACGUCAUGUGCGUUUGGAGGACCCAACCUCGACAUCCUCUACGUGACCACUGGCAACACCAACCCCAGUGCCAAGCACCCCAUCGCCGGCAGGAUAUUCCAGGUCACCGGGCUGGGAGCCACCGGAUAUGCCGGCCGCUCUGUUGUCUUGUAACAAACUUUCAUUCAUCCUUACUCCAAUUUCAAAUUCCUCUUCUUUCACCCAAAGACUAAUUCAAAAUUCCUUUGUAUUCAAAUUAUUUACAAUUUCAAAUUCCUCUUCAUUUACCCAUAUAGGUACUCAUUUGGGAUUUCCAUGUAUUUCAAUUAUUUACAAUAUCACUUACAAUUAAUUUCAACCAUCGAGAAAAACAGUAUAAGCUCUCUAUGCAACCAUUUUUACACUAUUAUAUUGCUCAAUGUCAGUUCAUAUUGUUCAUAAAUCAACUUCCCCUUAGAACUCAUUAUAAAUCCCUUUGUAGCCUAUUUUCAUUUCAUCUAUAGGCCUACAUAAAAUUCUACAAGUCUCUCUCAACCCUCAAACUCUUCAAUUUUCAAUAAUUUUAUCAAAAUUCUCUAACACAUGAUCAAUCUAUUUGAAGAAUUCCAUUGUCAAAUGGUAAUAUUGGUUAUUGGUCUUCAAAGUCUAUGAAUAAAUAAGCCGUUUUUCAGUGAAAUCUAAGAAUUAUUAUUUAAGAGAUAAUGAAAAUAAUUAUUGUUGAUAAAUUAUUAUUGUUGUUUUCAUCAGUUUGAUUACUCACAUUUAAUUUAUUGCAUGUAACCUCCUUUACGAGAGUUCACAACCAUACAAUUCAUCAAACAUAUAUCGGCCUACUGGUAUAUAUUUUUCAACUGAGACUAUGAUUCCUCUCAUUUCUAUCUAUGAUAGACUAUUCAAUCAGUCAGUAUUUUCUACAAAAUAUCUCUUGUUCAAUAUUAUUCAAUCUAUGAGAGAGAUUAAUAUUGUAAAGAUUCCUGUCUCCAUUUCUCCAUUACCUAGUUACCGUCCACACUAUAUUCAAGAGAUUAAUUCAUAAUUUCAUAUGAAAAAUUAUUGCAAAAAUAUAUCUUUAGUAGGUACUCAUAAUAAUUGAAGAAAUAUAUUUUUUAUGACUAAA